UUGUCGCUCCCAGCAUGCCCCGCGCGCCACUAUAAGCGCGCGGACGCUCCGUCGCGUCUCCAGUGCGCGUCUGCACGCCCAGCGCGAUACAGCGGAGGACGGGCUGCUGUCACGUUGCGCACAGGUCUCGCAUGGCGCUUCUGUCGAGUCGCGCGACAGCCACGGCGCGUCUCGCCUGAGUGUUCGUACGUCACUGGCUGGAAUGUAGUGUAGCGUUCGCAGCCGGCUUCACACAGUCAACAUGAAGUUCCCAUUGUCGUCAUUCGUUCUGCAACUAGCCGCUGUUUAUCUCUCUUGCUUUGGUGCGGUUACACGAGGACGGGCGUUCAUCACAGAGCAACAGGUUUCCACAUUGCCGCUCACUGGAGCCCAGGAGCGCCCGUUUAUGACCCUCUUCAACAACACCGCUGAAGCAGCUUCUGUCGGCCACAAUUACCACAGCAAGGCCACAGAGACAAGUGAUGAAGCGCCAGAGGACUUCGAACGGACGCCGAUAUUCUACGAUCACGCCGCUAGCAUCGAAAACGAGGACUCCCUGCCGAAGUCUGGUCUGCACAACAGCCAGGAGACAUUUGGCACCGAUUCUGCAAAAGCGGCCAGAUUGCACCGACGAAUAGAACGCGAUGCGCAGAAACCGUGGCUGCCAGACGACGAGGGCAGCGGCUUCAGCUCUGAAACAGAACUCGACGACGAAGACCUAUUCCUGCAGCAGCGCAGGGCUGCGCGCCGAGGGCGCAAGGGAGGGCGGACGCCAGGGCGACGCAAGAACGUCGAUUGGCUACAGCUACAAGGAGUAACGAGUCACCACGCCGAACAGAAGUCUGACCACAGCCGCCCGCAGGCCGCGGUCAGGAACGAGCUGCCCAGCCCGGAGCAGGCUCCUCGGAAUGGCGACCCCACCAGGAGGCCUCAGCACACGGGCGCCGCCAAGAGGCGCCCCAAGAAGAGGCACCGCACGAAAGCGACCAAGCACGCCCCGAGCAGGCAGCUGCCUGAUACAAGGCCUGUGAGCAGCAGCAGUAGCAGUGCGGGCCACGGCUCGCAGCAACACCACCGACAACAGCACCAGCACCAGCAGCAGCAACAACAGCAGCCAGAGCAGGGACAGCCCCUGCAGACACACAGAACCGCGCCAGCCCAGCCUCCGCCGCGCAAGUUCGGCGGCGGCGACAUGUCCCUCGAGAGUCGCAUCCGGGCGCUGAAGAAGAUCGCGAGCGGGUCCCAAGAGGACGAGCUGACAGCGGUGCAUUCACCGGAGCUGCCUGCCUUCUACUCCGGCGACAGGAUUGCCUUCAACAGUCCCGGAUGGAGCGCGCGGGACGAGUGGGCAUCCGGCUGGGACCAGCGCCUGUGGCACGUCCUGGGCAGCGGCAGUGGCUCGCAGCCCCACGGGGACCCAGGCAGGCCGGACAGCGGCCUAGUUCCGCCCCCGCCAAUGCCUGCUACGCCGCCGCCCACGCCGCCGCCGCCUCCCUGCCGCAGCACGGCCGCCACGCCGGUCACCGCCCACAACCCGCCGCCCACUCAGAGCCGACACUUCGCGUACCACAGAGUAACCGAGGCGCAGUCCGUGGCCGCCGCCAGUCACCACCAGGAGGCGUUCGUCGCCGUGUCCAUGGUGGAGCUGCCUGGCAACCACUCGCGGAACCACUCCAACAGAAACCACGACCAGACGCAGCAGCAGCAGCAGCCCCAGCAAGUCUCGCCCGAGAACUUGAGCACGAGAACUUCGAGAUGGGAGACGCCAGACACGACCACGGCCGCCUCGUUCUUCCCUGUAGCGGUUAAGGACAGCGAUAUCGGCCUGAGUAGCGACUACUGGGACAGCGGUGGCGCGGAAGAGCUGCCCACGUGGUUCCGUCUCAGACAUCGUGGCAGGAACCACUUCCGAAAGGGCGCUAUGGAGGCACUGAUGAACCGUCACCGGGAGGAGCAAUGGCUACGGAGACGCUUUGGACUGCCCCCGGAGAGCCCUCAUCAGCAGUUCGCAGGGUAGCCUGGGGACGUAACAGAAGUCUUUUCUGGUCGCCGUAUCGACGUUCCAGCACCAAAGGCGCGAGAGUACUGUUUACUGUCAGGGUGCAUGCUUCGUCUCGAGGACUAUUUGGAAAUUAGUGCCGCGGAUGUUACUAAGAGACUGGCAACGGCCUAAGUUCAAUAUACUCUCGGCGUUGUCUUGUCAGGAAAUCAAAGACACUAUUAUGUCUGUAUGUCAGUGAAACCGGACGAAUUUCUUAACUCGUCUGUUUCGAGCUCGCUUGACUGAGUAUUCACAGUCUCUAUAUGUUAUUUGUAACUGAGUAAGACAUAGUAAAUUCUACUCCUAAUUUAACAUAACGGAUUAUUUGCUAUUACAUGCAUAUCUUGGAGACAGGAAGUGCUUGUGAACUUGGAGAAUGGUACAGAAAUCACUCAUUACCACAAAUUUUUGUAUAUUUAAUACUCGAAUUUUGAUGUACCAAAGUGAUGUGGCCCAGUGGUUUGAUCACAUUAAUGAUGUACUCGGAAUGUUUCGAUUUUAAAACUCACGAUCUUGGAGAGCUAUAUUAGACCAACACUUACAUUCUUCAAAACACUGCGAAACGUUGGCGAGUAUUCAUUUAAUAUGUUUCCUUCUGUUCCGCUUACGGACAGGUAGUGGGGAAAACGCGCAACAAUCUAAGUGUCUAAUUUUAUUUUUAUAAUCUUCGUGAAUGUGGUAUGUAGGAACACAAGACUAUUUAUAAAUAUGACCACGAAAAUGGAUUGCGACUAUUUUCUACCAAGAUUUGUGCUGAAAAAUCACUACCACAGAUCUCUUGAAUCAUUUAUCUCGCAAUACUGUUUGUACGAAACUAUUUUUAAUAAACCAGAACUGCACAGUUCGUGCUGUAAAGAGAGCAGAAACAUACGACUUUUUAGAUUAGCAACCGUUCGAAAAAAACUGCAUUGUGAGUGGAGCGAUUUGGGAAUUCUCACAUAGUCAUCCCAGGGGGAAACAAUAACGCUGCUAUUUUAUACUGUGGUGUCGAAAUAAUCUACGAACACAAAUGGAAUGCCAAUGUAGCAAAUAAAAAUAUGGGAUACAGAUAAUGUAUCAUAGGCGUGAAAUUGUGAUUGUGUACCAUUUCAAUAGUGAAGUGUCUAUAAUCCGGAUCCUCUGUUCUCUCCAGAAGCCAUUUCACUCCUAGGUUUGCGGUUGAGUUUCGCCCUUUGUACACAGAUUUUAGGAUAUACUCAGUCUAGUGUCACUGGAUGAAAGUAGAGACGAGACGAAACACUAAGAUGCAGAACGAGGCACACAAAACGAAUCUUAUGACUCAAAACUUUACACGCCCCUCACUGCAUGAAAAUUAAUCGCACAAAUCAUUUCCUUAAAACGGACACAAUAGGCACAAGAUGCGCAUCACCAAACCCCUAUGCGAAAAUACAGAUUUCUCUUAUCUGUUUUUCAUUUCGUUGAACGGAGUACUGAAAAAAGAGAAAUGACACACAUUAUUCCACUGAUUUCAUACGACUAUUACUAGAUAGUGACCUUUAAAAUAUCAUUCACUACUAAUAACACAACCCCAUCUCCUCAGUACAUCUGCUUUCCUAAAACAGCCAGCGAAAACCAAAUAUUGUUUUCUAACCAACCAACGUACGAAGAAAUCAAGCUCGUAUCCACAAGCUUACGCUAAUAAAAGUACACCGUGUCACAAUUUUUGUAUUCAGCGAAAGAAGCUGAACUCAUUGACGUUACGGAGCGUGAUAGUGUUUGUUGUGUUCCCUGCAUUCUCAGAAAUUCCAGUUGUUACCUCGGAAACCCAGUAUGUGCGCACUUUAGACCACAGUCACAAUCUUCACAAGUUUCAACGAUCUUAACGAUAUCAGACACACGCAAAUUUAUUGUUUCCAUUUAAAAGCUCGUCGUUGCAUACACAAGCUAAUUUGAAUAUUUGAAUAUAACCCACAUUAUCAGUGUAUUUCCUUUCAAAUUACGAGCAAUGAAUAAACUGUGUAUAAAAUAAUUUGACGAUAUAUGAGAGCAUCGAAAGAAAUUAGAACGAUUUGAAGCUGGGAAAAAUUUCUGUUACUUACCCUUCUGUUGGUCCUGUACAGCAAACAUAAAUAUGAGGCGACACUAAUUUGGAACUUCAUUGUUAAAUACAAGAAAGCGACGGAGAAUUAGAGUGAAAAAACCAAUACAUUAUUUCCCUCUAUUCUUCCUCAUUUAUUGUAAACUGUACUCAGUUUCAUCCUGAAAAUCUCCACUGUGAAGCGACUGUGGGCUCCUAAAUGGACUUGAUGUUGUAUGUGUACUGUUAACUACAGUUGUACGGCUAAUAGAAACAGAUAGAAGUAGGAAAAGUGAAAAAAGAACGACUUUCCAACGUCUAAGAACGGUGCGCUAAAUGGUAGGAGACAGACAUUGUGAAAAUGUUAGCGAUACGUUUUCAGCUAAUACUUCUCGAAGAAAAUAUUUCAAGAUAUCAAGCCAUACUUUUUAUAGGACUACAUCCGAAACUCACCGAUCAAAAAAUUCUGGAUAUCUGUUUAUGUCCGUAAUUCCACAAUAGUGAUCUAUUUGCCAUAUUGGAAAAGAAAAGAAAAUAGCUGUCAGUCAUUUUAAUCCUAUUUCAUCGAAGAACUAAAGAUUGUGUGAAGACCUGUCUCCAUAAGUGUGUGGCCACAAAUUUCUUUCCCACUGAUUUGCCGUGAGAGACAUGUAACAAUUGAAAAUAAUGUUGCAAUAUUCAUAUUAUAACCUACUUCAUGUGAGAAAGUAAUAUCUGAUCCUAUUUGCCUUUGUACUAGGCAACUUGAAGGAGCAGCGAGAUUGAGCAGGUAGUAAUUAUUUCGAACUGAUCAAUCAUUGUUCUGAAGUCCACUCAAAUUUUCAAAUUUUUUGAAGAGACACACCCAGUGCCUACUGAGUAUAAUAAAGUGAAUGUCAUAUGUUUGUAAAUUCUGAUUUACUUGAAAUAAUGUAACUGUGUAAGAUGCAAUAAAGUGUAUGUAUUUUAAAAG